CGCCCCACGAAGCGGUACAUCGGUGUGUGUGGCUUGUCAAAAAGUUCCAACUCUUGCAUAUCCGACGAUCAACUACUACUUCUUUUCCAUUAAAGCUUUUCUGUGUCGAUGGAGGUCCACCGUUGUCGAUUUGUCGAAUACCAACCAGCAGCCAUCAAUGCGCUCGACUUUACUCCGCCAACAGUCAAAGACACACGUCUAGCGGUCGGUCGCGCAGACGGUAGCAUUGAAAUUUGGGAUCCGCGCAACAACUUUCAAUUUCACAAAGUCAUUCCCGGUGGCAAAGAUCUGUCGGUGGAAAGUUUGGUCUGGGCACACCAAUCGGUUGUGUCAAACGUAUUAGACGACGAUGACGAUGAAGACGAGGAGGUUUCAGAAGAAGAACGUAAAGCUGAAUUAACGAAAUUGUUGACACAAUCGCCGCGUUUGUUCUCGUCAGGUUUGAGUCCUUAUAUUGUUGAAUGGGAUACAGUGUCGCUUACUGUCAAGGGGACUGUGGAUUCAAAUGGUGGUGCAGUAUGGUGUCUUGCUGUCAAUAGCACGGGUACCCGGUUAGCAGCUGGAUGUGAAGAUGGACGUAUUCGAUUAUUUGAUAUUGAAGAUGGUCGCUUGGAAUAUAUGCGAAGUUUCGCUCCACAAAACGGACGCGUGUUAUCUAUUGCAUGGGGACCAGAAGAUGAUUAUAUUAUCUCGGGUGGAUCAGACAGUGCAUUGCGCAAAUGGAACGCUUACACAGGCGAAACACUUUUACGGAUGACUGUAGAUCGAGCCAAUAAUGAACCCACGCUCGUCUGGUCCGUUGCUGCACUAAAGGACAACACAUUGGUAUCUGGCGAUUCACUAGGCAACCUGAUGUUCUGGAAUGGUGAACGAGGCACAAUGAAGCAAACGAUCAAAGCACAUGCCGCUGAUAUCCUGACCUUGACGGCAAACCAAGACGGCACCGUGGUUGUGACAUCAGGCGUUGACUGCAAAAUCAUGAUGUUUCAAAAGGUCGAGGGCAACAACAACAACAGCAGUAAAACCGGUAAAAACAAAAAGAAGGGCGGCAGUGGUACCAAAGGAACAUGGGCCAAUGUGCAGCGACGCAGAAACCAUUGGCACGAUGUCCGUGCACUUGCUAUUGAUGACAAGAACAGCAUCAUCGUCUCUGGUGGUGUCGAUGUGGGUAUGGUCGCUGGUGUCGGUGGGCCAUUAUUCAUUGAGCGUCUCAUCCAGGUGGCUCCUUUCCCUGGAAAAUACAUUGUCUCCAUGGCAAAAUCACAGAAUCUCGUCAUGGCUACAUUCUUCAAUUCGAUAUCCUUGUGGCGUUUAGGAAGAGCUGAAGAUAUUGACGUAUCGCCCUCAGAUAACGUGGCAUUACCUGAACUUUUGGAACAGCAUCAGCAAUGCUUGGAACUUCAGCUCAAGCCAGACUGCAAUAUCACCUCAAGUAGUUUGUCAGAUGACGGUCAAUGGAUUGUUGCAGCAGACGUUGAAACCGUUAGAUUGUUCCAGGUUCAUAAAGUUGGAGAUAGUGGACAACUGGCUGUCAAGAAGAUGCGUACAUUUGACCAAGCUUUGGCACGAUACCUCGCUACCAACGAUAUUGCAGCUGGCGCACACCAUGUUCUCUUCACGCCCGGAUCCAACAGACUUGUUAUUGUAACUGCCGAAUCACGCAUUUUGGUCAUAGACAUGUUGCAUUGGCAAGAAGGCAAUUUUGAUGUUUUGCGAGAAUUCGGUCAUCAUCGUGGAUUGGAUAGCGAAGAUCGACAAACCAAGAACUCAAAGGUAGCUACUGUUGUCUCUAUAACCGCCAGCUCGGAUGGUCAAUGGCUAGCCACUGGCGACGAUGCCAACCGUAUUCAUGUAUUCAACCUAGACAGUCUCAAGCAUCACAUCGAAUUACCGCAUUCAUACUACUCUCAUACUGCACUUUCAUUCAACGAUUUCCGGCCGAACGAGCUGUUCGUCGGUUUGGCUAAUAACGAAUUCCACAUUUACAACGUCGAAAAGAACCGAUUAACAAACUGGUCCAAGGCCCACACUGAUUUUGCUGGCUCUCCGUUGGAGCAGAUCCGAGACUCUAUCAAGGGCGUUGCAUACAAUCCUGCUGAGCCAAAGCAAAUGCUGGUUUAUGGAAACACAUACAUGUGUUUGGUUCAACUGACAAACAACAAAGAAGCAUCAUCAUCAUUACCAUCAUCAACAACAGCAUUAGAUAAGCAACGACAACAGCAACAACAGCAGCAUAAACGAAAACGUGAAGCACCAGGUGCAGCAGCACCUUUACAGCAGCAUCAACCCAAAUCACCAAUACAAAUGCAAGUAUCACAACGCUAUCAACAAAUCCUGUCUGCAGGAUUCAAGGGCGAUAAUUCAUUGGUCUUGAUUGAACGACCAAGAUUCAGUGUUCUUGAAAAGCUACCUCCAUCUUUCUACAAGUCUCGUUAUGCCGCAUAAUCUUAUUACUCUCGAUCUCUCGCUUUCCAUAGAGAGAAGAAAGCGACUCCAAUAAAAUUUUGUACAAUAAUUUAUCAAAGAAAAAUUUGGAUGUCACCAAACCUGUAGCAAUCUUUAGUAUCGUGGCCGUUGCUACGAAAGAGGAAGCAUGUAGCUUUGGGAGGCGGUAAAGUGUAAAAGGUCGAUUUAACAAAGAGAGCGGACCUAGGCGGG